AUGCCUGCAGACGCCGUCACUAGUGGAGGCAUGCCACACAUAUUCAGCGGACAGACAAUAAUCGGCAUGGGAGGCCACAAAAGGCAGCAAAGACGCCAGCAGCUCUCUCUCUCUCUCUGUUGCCUCCGAGAAGCAAUUAUUCCACCAGCCACAGCCGGCUGUGCCAUCGUGACACUCCAUGCACGUCGUGGCUGCAUCAACACAUCCUGUUCCCUGCUGCGCCUCAAAAGAAGCCUCACUCCGUCCACUGAGUGCAUCGAUGUGUGCCGUGCCUCGGCUGUGAGUGAGGAACACAACGAUGUGAGGGUCACCGAGUCGCAGCAUGUUUGUUGUGACGUUGUUGCAUGGCACCUGCACACACACACGCAGCGCCUGCAUCCCUCCCUUUUGUGUCCGCCCUCUGCCGGAGUGGCCACACAAACGGGCAGCAGCAAAAUCACUUCACCCUCGACGAUCCAAAAUCAACACCGACAUCCCUCGCGACGCAAAGAUCUCAGUUGCCAGCACGGGCCUCCUGUCGCCCUGCCAUCGACGCUGAAACACGGCACAGUGCACGCACUUACUUUCCUCGUGUGCAGUCAGCCGUUUGCUUCACACAUUCCUCGACGGGCUGACGUCCACAAAAGCACGCCACAAAAGGCCACUAUGAUCGCGCGAGCUCUUGCGAUGAGUGUCGGUGCGUGCAUGGAUCCGCUGCUCACACGUGCUGGCAGGCAGCCCGCAGCCGGUGCCCUCGUGCCACUUCAUCGGCUCCAGCAUGGAAAAGAAAAACGGCCUAUUCCCGAUGCACUUAUUCCCACCAGCAGCACCAACACGCUGGUCGCCAGCCGUCAUUCCUCAGCACAUCCAGGAAUGCCGAAAAGUGACGUGGAGCUGUCAGCCAGCAAUGCCACAAUCCCCGCACACAUGUCGGCUCCACCAGAGAAGACACACAAACCACAAACAACACCCUUCACAUGUCAUCCGAACAUCAUUCCGACACACCGCGACACGCCAAACAGAAGAGUUCGUCACCCCAAUGCACCUCCCCACACAAUCACAUAG